AUUAAAAUUUUUCGUGUUGCAUGCAUUUCAAUUUGAUUUGCUCCCUGGGCUGUUGAAAGUAUUGUAUGAUAAAUUGUGUCAUGUUAAUCAGGAUUCAAAAAGGAAUAUCAAUUGAAAGAAAAUAAUACUGAUGCACCAUGGCUGAUUCAUCUUAUGAGAAAGGACUUACAGAACUUUCAAAAAUGAAGGUUGCAGAUCUAAAAAUUGAGUUAAAACAAAGAGGACUACCUACUACUGGCAAUAAGAAUGAAUUGGUUGAAAGGCUUCAAUUAGCAAUUCAUGGUGAUUCUGCACUAUCUUUAGAUGAGACUACAGAGGAAAUUUUAGAUGAAGACGCAGUUCUUGGUGAUGAAGAAAUAGAAGAGCUAUCAAAUAAGCCUGACUCACAAGAAGGUAGUGAAAAAAGAAAAUUGUCUACUGAAAGUAAUAUAAGUGCUAAAAAAAUAGUCCUAAAUCGAAAACCAGUAAUUGAAGAAAUUAAGAAUGAACAAACAGAAAAGAUUGAAAUUGAUACAAAAACUAUUGAGACUGCACCACCAGAAAAAAAGAUAAUUAAAUUGUCAGAGCUUGGUAUCAAAGAGAGAUUAGAAAUGAGAGCUAAGAAAUUUGGAUUACCAUUAUCAGAAGCUGCUAAGAAAGAAGCUAGAUCUGCAAGAUUCAGUAUUAAUAAUCAAAAUAAUAAGUCAGCUGCAUCUGUAAAAACACCUGUGCAUACAACUUAUGAAGUUCUAAAGAAGCGAGCAGAAAGGUUUGGUACGUCUGUCUCUAGUUUAAUGGAAAAGGCUGAAUUAGAAGCCAGAAUAGAGAAAAGAAAAGUCAGAUUUGGCGAAGUGAAACCUACAAAUAAGAAAGUAUUUUAUAAUAAAGUUAAAAUUGUUAAAUGAUAUUCAGUGUUAUAUACCAAAUAGCAAUUUAGAUUGCAAGUUUUACAUUAAGUUUUCUUACUUCUAAUAAGACCAUUGUAUACAAAAUAAAAACUCAUUGUAUUUGUUAUAAAA